GUGAACCCCGUGGGUAAUCAGGGCAGGGAUCUUCGUUUUCCUCAAAUGAAGAACGCUACUCCAUACAUCUUGCCCCAGAUUAUCAACCAUUCCACCAAAAUGGAUCAACGACCUAUUUCCAAGCCAUCCUCCGCACCCAAUCACCGACGGUGGACAAUAGUGGGGACAUUUUCACAUGCUUGAACCCGCGUCAUCCGCUAGGCUUAUCCAUGGCUUUUCUUCAGACCAGGGGAUCCUGCCUUGAUUCCAAUUUUUCAUUCCUCCCUGUUGUUCGCUUUCCUUUCUAGUAGAUGAGGUUGAGAAAGCCUCCCUCAUCUCUGCCUGUGGAUAGGUUUCUUUCUCCUUAUCGCCGGUAUCAAUCGGGUUGGGCUUUCUUUGUCAGGUUGAAUUACCAUGGCAUACGAUUGGGCUAUAUAUUGACGCCAGGAAAUCUGAACACAUCUCUCCCCCGGUCUUUGUUUCAUACUUUUUACCUAUAUAUGAGAAGCAUUACUCUGUUAACUACCGCCAUUGCUACUACCUGUAUCCGUGAUACCGUGUCUUCAUACUAUAUCAGUCAUCUACCCUUGGAUUAUACCGAGGAAACAGUCAGACAGGGGCAUAGACACCCAUUACUCUAUUUAGGAAACCAGUGGAAAUGAUAGACCAUGUGCUAGGAAGGCCGUCGACCAAAUUUCGUAAGAUUCAGGUCCUUGCUGUCUUCCUUUUCUGGUCUACAUAUCUCCUAAGGGGAAAUAGGCAUGGCCCACCGGUCAUUCGCAAUCUCUCAUCUCGCCUGUCAGAAAAGCUAAGCGUUUGGCAAACUACUGUUGGUGUUUUCUUGUGGCUAUACCUCUCUCGCAAUUUCGCGAAGAUUGUUGGCUUAGAAUGCCCGGAACCGCUAGCCAAUCUGUAUUCACGUUCCUUCUUUCGGGCAACAUGGAUCGCUACGGCCUUGGACGCUGGCUUCUGGACAGCAAUGAAAGUCAAACCUAAAUGGUUGCGAGAUAUUGCUUCUCUGGCAUUUACAGUUUACUAUCUUUUUGCCGCAGAGCAGGCCGAUGAGAAGGUUCGUCGGGUUCGAGCAACCAUAACCGUGGAGCACCUACGAGUCUCUUGGAACAAAGGUACCACGCCGUAUCUCUGGGCGCUCGCAAGUUUGAUGCGCCCUAGACUGACAAGGUACCCUCCUCGUGCCAUACGAAUUCCCCGCCCUCCACACUCGAGCUAUACAGAGCCAACUAAUGCGUGGCUCUACUUCGACGGUCCAUUGAGUGCAUUAUGGGACCAGAGUUGCAUUAUCUUAGAUAUACCUGGAGGCGGAUAUGUCGCCAUGGACCCUCGAACUUCCGAGGAUCGACUGCUUGCCUGGGCUGGGAAAACCAAGGUUCCAAUUCUGAGCCUCGACUAUAAGAAGGCACCGGAAUAUCCCUAUCCAUAUGCCCUCAAUGAGUGCUAUGAUGUCUACCAUAGCAUUGUCGCUACCGGCGGACGAUGCCUCGGGCUAAGUGGGAAAGUGCGGCCUCGAAUUGUACUUACUGGAGAUAGUGCUGGCGGAAACCUGGCAGUGGGAACUGCGCUGAUGGUACUUCAGUCCGGGAGCCCAGAUGCCCCCCGCUGGCAAGGCGAACAUGUGCUCCCUCGUCCAGAUGGGCUUGUUUUGGCAUAUCCUGCGUUGAACAUGAAAGUUGAAAGCUGGAUGACCGAGGAACAGAUGGCACUCAUCCAGGAUAAGAGUGCACGCCGGACGAACCAGAAUGUGCUCCGACAGAAAGACAUGGACUACCAGCGACUAACGCCAUUCACAUCUCCGGGGCCUUCUACAGAAGACCUUCUCUUUUACUCAUCCUCUGACCCUGAUCUCGAAGCCGGUGAUGUGGCUCAGGGUGCCUCCAAAAAGCUGGAAGAGAAUCUCCAGGCUGAUAACCUGGCGUCCCAGGCAGCUGCUGUUGCCGAGAGCCACCACCCGAAACAAAUCCGGACUCGUAUGGCUGUUUCAUCCAUGAUCUCAUACACCCAAGACCGGAUUUUGACCCCUGAGAUGAUGAGGGCAAUGAUCAUCCUUUACAUUGGACCACACAACCGUCCCGACUUCAGCACGGACUUCCUACUCUCACCAGUGUUAGCCCCGGAGGCCCUACUUUCACGGUUCCCCAAGACAUAUAUUAUCACAGGUGAACGGGAUCCGCUUGUCGAUGAUACUGUAAUCUUCGCUGGAAGACUCCGACAGGCCAAGCUACAUCAAUUCAGAGACCGACUAGAACUAGGCCUUGAGAAGUCUCAUCGAGUAUUCAACGAAAAGGACCACGUCGAAGUAUCGCUAAUUCCUGGAAUAUCUCAUGGAUUCAUACAGAUGGCGGGCUUCUUCCCGGAUAGCUGGAAACACAUCAACAAGUGCGCGACAUGGAUUCAAGACAUAUUUGACGCGGCCGAAAGACGGAAGUCGUCAUCAAGUUUCCUCCAAUCACUCCACGAGAGCGCACAGCCCUCCAAGGUCUCGAAGGCGGACGCUAUUAAUGGUAGCCCGCGUCAUCAUAAGCGAAACUUGACGGGCGAAUCAUCAGGGGAUGAAGAUAAACCUUUAGAGAUGAGUGUCAGCAAGAUGACACCUUUGAACCCGAAUGGUUCCACGGACGGUGUUAGUAGUCAAAAACAUCGCAAAUCGUCCAACGGGACGAGCCAUGUUCACCUUCAAGACUCCAACCCAAAUGACAACGAGCCCCACGGUCCCAGUGAAAACGAGGGUAAAAGCGCUUCUAGAGGCCGCCGUUCCAGACCGAAAGGAUUGAGCCGAAGACGGCGUGAUGCACCUACCAAGCUCACUAUGCCUCCUGCACACGAUUACGCCUCCGACGCCCUGCAGACCCCUCCGCCCCGACGGAGAGACAGAAGUAUUGGCAGCCUUGCCAGUGAAGAAGAUCUCCUAGAUCGUAGAAUGAAUGGCUUGGCUGGGGGAUUGAUGGGCAUCGGGGAGGGGGCUCGGACACCGUGAUGAUGAUGAAAGGUUCAUUCUUGAAUGAUUUACAUGAAUGUAUGCAUUGGCGAUUAGAUGGGUUGCUUUUUACAUUGUACCAGCCGUCGACAGAAAUGCGAAAAAUUCAAUUCAAACCCUCCCGUUGAGACUUGGUGUUGAAGCAAUUAUCUCAAUCAGUUAUAUUCCUAAUCAACCCCGUCCACAAUUCAGAGACCCAUUAUUUGGAGAGUAGGAAUAGCAAUGCCGACGAACGCACAACAUCUCC